AUGGCCACUCAGCACACCUGGCUCCUGGCCACCUUGGCCCUCCUCGCUGUGGUCCUUGGAGUGACUGAGGCUGGCCCCUACGCCGCCAAUGUGGAGGACAGCACCUGCUGCAGGGCCUACACCCGCCGCCCGCUGCCCUUGGUCGCCGUGAAGGACUUCUACUGGACUUCCCUCUCCUGCCGGAGGCCUGGCGUGGUCUUACUGACCGUCAAGAACCUGGAGAUCUGCGCGGACCCCAGCCAGGCCUGGGUGAAGAGGAUCAUCCGGAAGUUGGGCAGGGGAGGAAAGAUGCCGGUCUGA